AUGUCAACAGUGGGAGAGUUUCCCAGUCUGCACUUCCCCCCAGACAGUAUCCGGGCGUCUAGGGAGGAGUCCAGCGCCAAGGCUGCCUUCCUACCGCACAAUGAGACGGUCUGGAAACGAGCUAAGGAGGCCUGGUAUGAACAUGGACUAGGUGCAGUUCUAAGUGAGUUAGUUAACAGCAGAGCUGAAGUUCCAGGUUGGUUAGGCUGGAGUUCUUCUGCUGGUCUGGCUGUGGUCAGGUGGCUGGGCUCGCUCCAUGGGUCACUCUUCCCACAUUUGGCGUUAUCCAAUGAAGACAUGAUCGCCACAUUUGCUGAGAAUGCUGAUUGGUACCACAGUGCAAUCCGAGCCUUCUGCUGGCACCCACAUAUCCACAAGUUUGCUGUCGCACUCAGGGACAACUCCAUCAAAGUGUACAGCAGGACAAGUAAAAUCGUUCCUCUGCUGAAGCACAAAGUGCAGAAGGGAGUGUCAGCCCUUGCCUGGGAGCCCCAGUGUGCCUCAGUGUUAGCUGUGGGGUGUCAGAACUGUGUGCUCAUCUGGCACGUAGAUCCCAUGUCUCUCUCCUCCAGACCCUCCACGACCACCUGCCAGGUGCUGAGCAGACCCGGACAUUCCCCCAUCACCUGCCUAGCCUGGUCUCCUCACGGCAAGCUGCUGGCAUCUGCCUCCCCCGCAGACACUGCCAUGAUGAUCUGGUCAGCUUCCACGGAAACGGGCGUGCCCCUGAGGAGGGUGGGGGGCGGAGGCGUGUCCUUACUGAGAUGGUCACCUGAUGGGAACAAGCUAUUUGCAGCCACGCCUUCUUCACUCUUGAGAGUUUGGGAGACGGAGACCUGGACAUGUGAGAGAUGGACUAACCUGGCAGGGAGAUGUCAGUCCUCUUGUUGGAGCCCAGAUGGCGCUGUUUUACUGUUCACAGUGGCAGAUGAGCCUGUCAUCUACUCCAUCACCUUCCCUAGAGAUGCAGAUGUGGUGACAUCAGUUAAGGCUGGGUCUAAGUCAGCUGUAGUCUGUGUGGAUGUGUCCCAGGUGGCUGUGGAGGUGGGGGAGGAAGUCCUGAAUGUUGGAGGGAGUGUACACUCCAUGGUGUGGGAUCCUACAGGGGAGAGACUGGCUGUCAUGUUUACAGCUGACCCAGAGAAAGGCACCACGUCCCAGCUGAUAGCGCUGUUCCGCACCAGGCUACACCCUGUACUGGAGAUCAUGCCUUGUGGUUUCAUCCGAGGAGAGCCUGGCGUGUCACCAGAGCUGAUCAGCUUUCAGGAGAGCUUUGAAUCCGGAGCGCUGCUGGCUGUGUGCUGGUCCAAUGGGAAGCUGUCUUUCAUCCCGCUGAUGUUCGUCCCCUCUGAUGACGUCAACAGAAUCCCUCGUAACGGUUUUGGCAACGGCACCGUUUUCACAGGACAGAUGUUUUCUCAGCAAUGAAACAGGACAGAAUCUAACUAGCAAACA